GACGGGCGCCGCGCCGCUGGCGUCGACGUGCCGGCCUCAGUGCGCACCUCGCCUGACAUGUGACGAUCACACUCACGUUCACAGGAGGAGCGGCCCACUGUCAGGGAAGCGGUGAUGAGCCCCCUCGCCCUGGGCGUGCCCCUCACCGUGGUCAACGUGCUGGGGCUGCUCGUCAACGGCUACAUCCUCCUCGUCGUCCUCAUCACCAAGCAGGCGCACACGGCCAACAGCCUGCUGUUGCUACACCUGGGCGCCGUGGACGCGCUGCUCUGCGCCGUCUUUCUGCUCUUCCCGGCUCCGGGACUCCUGCUGCGCUCCGGCACCGGCGCCGCCUGGCUGGGGGCAGGUUCUGCAGCCUGCGCCACGCACGGCUUCCUCAUCACGCUCCUACACCCGGUGGCGCUGUGGACGGUGUGCGGGCUGCACUGCGACCGGUACUGCGCGAUCGCAGCGCCGCUGCACUACGGCGCGCUGGUGAGCGCGCGGCGCGUCGCGGCCGGGCUGGCGGCGGCGUGGGCGGCGUCGCUGGCGCUGGCGCUGCCGCCGCUCUUCCUGGCGGCGCCCGCCUACCGCUACAGCGCCGCGCAGGCCGGCUGCGCGCCCGACGGCGCCGCCGCCCUCUGGUACUCGGCCGCCUACGCCGUGCUCGCCCUGCUGCUGCCCACCGCCGUCAUCCUCGCCUGCAACGUCAAGGUGCUGAUGAUCGCGCGCUACCACCGCCACCGCAUCGCGUCGGCCAUCUUCGAGGUGGCGCUGUCGGCACAGGUGACCAUCAUGCACCAGCGCAACCCGCUGGCGGGGGCGGCGACGCCGGCGGCGGUGGCGGCGCGCAGCCUCUACCGGGGGCGGAACGCCGUGCCCACGGUGCUGCAGCUGGUGGCGGCCUGCAUCCUGCUGUACGUGCCCUGGCACGCCGCCAUCCUCUGGGAGGCGGCCGCCGCCGCAGCCGCCGCCUCCGCCGUGACCACCGCCGCCCCCGGCGCCGCCUCCGCCGCCCCCGGCGCGGCCGCAGUCGCCGUGCGGCCGCCCCCGCCGCCGCUGCUUGCCCUGUCGGCCGCGCUGCUGGCGUGCGCGCCCUCCGUCAACGGGGUGCUGUACGGCGUGCGCAGCAAACUGCUGCGGAAGACCUUCCAGAACUACUGGCGCAAGCAGAUGUCCAAGAGCGAGAUGAACCAGGAGAUCCAGGCGCGGACGCCGUCUGCGUGCGGCUCUCGGCGGCCGUCGCUGACGCCGCUGGGCCUGCUCACGCGGCCGUGCGCCGCCACGCUGCAGCGCCGCCUGUCCGAGGCGCUGCUCGACCCCAGCCAGCGCACCAGCCCGCACGCCAGGGACCGGCCGCGCAUCCAGCGCAUCGCUUCAGAGCUCGACUGGCGGCCUGUCGGGCUAGCCGCCGGCCUGGAGCGCGGCGGCCGCGCGCACGCGGCCUCUUGCAACACGCUGCGGGUCCCCGACAGCGAGGCGUCGCCGCUGACGCUGCAGCCGGUGGCCGCCCCCGCGCCCACGUCCGCCCCCACUCCGCGAGUCACCGUGAGGGCCGCGCCGGCCGCCUCCUGCGGCCCGGCCAACCUCUUCCUCCAGAGGGUGUUCGGCGCCGGCGCAGCCGCCGGGACCGGCGGCGCAGACAAGGACGUCUCGCUCAAGAGGGCCGCCGCCAUACAGACGGUCCUGUCGACGCCGCGCCGCUCGCCGCGCAUCCUCAUCACGCGCGCCUUCUCGGAGGAGAGCGACCACUCGCCGCCGGCGUCGGCCGCGGCCGGCGACCUCGGCGACGGCGGCGCCGGCGUCGGGCUGGGCCGCAAGUACUCGACGUCGACCACGUCGCUGCUGGACCGCCGCUGGCGGCUCGCGCUCGACGCCAAGGAGCGCGAGACGGCCGCGGGCAUGCUGAUCAUUAAGUGUAUCGACAGUUCGUCAGACGACGAGUGCGACUGCUCGGACGCCUCGUCGGGGCGGCUGUUCUUCUCGCUGGACUGCGCGUCCGGCGCCAGCACGACGCCGCUCGUCGCCAACAACAACACGACCAGCAGCGCCAGCAACAACAGCAGCGGCUGCGGCGGCGUCGCCACCAACCACGUGCAGGGCCAGCAGCAGGCCGCGGGCGCUCCGCCGCCGGCGCUCAAGCGCCACCAGCUGCAGCUGCAGCUGCACGACCAGGGCGGCGUGGGGUCGUGGCCGACCGCGCGCCGACCCGCCCCCGCCUCCCACAGCAUGGUGCAGCUCGCCAGGAGCCUCAACGACGUGCCCAGCGCGCCAGAGUUCGUGCUCUAG